AUGGGUAGAGUCAUUCGCGCCCAACGUAAAGGUGGUUCAGCCAUCUUUCGUUCUCGCACCUUCCAUCGCAAGGGUCCAGCUAAAUUACGAUCUUUGGAUUAUGCUGAACGACAGGGUUAUUUACGUGGUGUUAUUAAAGAUAUCAUUCACGAUCCAGGUCGUGGUGCUCCACUUGCAGUUGUACACUUCCGCGAUCCAUACCGAUAUAAAAAACGAAAAGAACUAAUAGUUGCUGCUGAAGGCAUGUACACUGGACAAUUUAUUUAUUGUGGUAAAAAAGCUGCAUUAACAAUUGGCAAUGUAAUGCCAUUAGGACAAAUGCCCGAAGGUACAAUUGUUUGUCAAAUUGAACAAACAACUGGUGAUCGUGGUAAAUUAGCUAAAGCAUCUGGUAAUUAUGCUACAAUCGUCUCACACAAUCCUGAAGGUGGUAAAACAAAAGUUAAAUUACCAUCAGGUGCCAAGAAAAAUCUAUCGUCCACUAAUCGUGCUAUGGUUGGUAUCGUAGCUGGUGGUGGUCGUAUUGAUAAACCAAUCUUGAAAGCUGGUCGAUCUUAUCAUAAAUUUAAAGCGAAACGAAAAUCAUGGCCUAAAGUUCGUGGUGUUGCUAUGAACCCUGUCGACCAUCCAUUCGGUGGUGGUAAUCAUCAACACAUCGGCAAACCGUCAACAGUCAGUCGUUAUGCACCACCAGGCCGAAAAGUCGGUCUUAUUGCUGCCAGACGUACAGGUCGUAUACGUGGUACAAUUCAAGUGAAAGAAGAUUAA